AUGCUCCGCAGUUUUCGUCAAAUAACUAGGAUAGGAAGAAGACUCACGUCUUCAAUUCCUACCAGCAGUCUGCUUAAAUUACCAGCGAAACCAGGUCUUCAGGCUUCUUUGCACACAAGCAGCACUGCAUGGAAAUACGACAAGAAAUCCUCGCGAGCGUCUGAUGAUUUGGACAGCGACGAUGAUGAUGAUGAGGAUUUCAAGGACGAAAGGGACUCCAAGGUGGUCAAGACGAAGGUGAACUCGCUACGUGCGGAUCUCCUGCUGAAAGCUGGCCUGGGCAUGGCGAGAAACAAAGUUGAACUCAAUUUCUAUGAGAGCAAAAUUCGAGUCAAUGGAAAAAAACUGCCCAAGAAGAGUGCACAGCUCGAAAUCGGCGAUGACAUCGAUGUGAUCAGGGGCUUCAGCCAGACGAAUCCCUCCCACCUGGUCGUGGCUCGCGUCUCAAUCCUCUCAGCCAAUGAACGUGAGGAAGGACUCAGCGUCCACCUGCGGCGAUAUAAAUCACUGCUGGUCGAGAAUUACCUGGGACCAAACGCCUUUAAAUCCUCAGAACACGUUGCUCACUAACCCAAGUCAGUAAUAAAUAUAUGAUGCUGCUAAGACCGUU